AAUGAUAUAUAUUCUGAUCGGAUUAUUUAGUUUAGUACUUUGUUAAGGAGAUGUGUAAACAACUGUUUAGACAGGUAAUGAUGGGUCAUAAUUAAUUACUUAGAUUUUUAUAAAUAAUUGUUAGGUGCUGAACCAAAGUAAUACAUUGAAACAGGAUAUGUUACAUUAAAGGACCUGGAGGAUGAAAAGACAGCUGUAGGAGAAAUGUUUUACCAUAUGUUUCUAAAACAAGGAACAAUGAGUUUAGAUUAAAUAAAAUAAGAUGAUAUUUUAGUUAUCUGGUUAAAUGGUGGACCAGGUUGUUCAUCAUAAUUUGGAAACUUUUAAGAGAUAGGUCCUUAUAAAAUAGUGGAAGUGAGCUAAGAUAAAUUUAAGGUUGAGGAGCGAGUAAUUAUAUUUUGAAUAUGGGAUAGCCAUAAUCUUGGAAUAAGUUGACACAUCAAUUAUUUGUAGAUUAACCAUUAAGAGUAGGAAUGAGUGGAGCAAAGGAUGGAUUUGUAGUAUCAAAUACUGAAACUGCUGCAAAGUACUUCAUUAAUUUCCUUCGAGUUCUAUAUAAUAAACAUACAAUUCUAUAGAGAACUUAAUUAUAUAUAAUGGGAGAAAGUUUUGCAGGACAUUAUAUACCUGCAAUAGCUAUAUAAAUCUUAACUUAAAAAUUAACAAUUGUGAAUUUUAAGGGUGUUGCAAUAGGAGAUGGAUGGACAUAACCAUUUUAAUAAUUAUCUUAGUAUGCUUCCUAUUUAUAUACUAUUGGUACAAUAACAGAAAGAUAAUUCAAAAUAAUUCAGAAUAAUAUAGCCAUAGGAUAAAAUGCUAUUUUAAAUGGGGAUAUGUAAUUAGCAUACAAACAAUUUGAUAUAUUGUCAGAUGAUGAAACCAUAAAAAUGGCUGGUGGAAUUAAUGUAUACAAUUUCAGACAAUACCAAGGAUAAGAUGUUGAAGAUACUGCACAUGAAAGAUUUUUAAACUUUUAUCUAAAGACUUAGUUUAAGGCUCCUAAUAGUAAAACUAAAUUUGAAGGAUGUGAUGGACCUACUUAUGAUGCCUUUGCUUUAGAUGUUCCAACAAGUAGAAAAUCUGAUAUUGAAAUAUUAUUAUAAAGUAAUAUCAGAGUACUAUUGUUUAAUGGGUAAUUGGAUUAUAUAGUCAAUACUCCUGGUGCAGUAAUGUGGAUCAGUCAAUUAAAUUGGGAGAAAAUAGGACUUUGGAAACAUUCCAAAAAAGAAAUGAUUACUGUGAAUUAAGAGACUUAGGGAACUUGGAAAUAAUAUGAAAAUUUCAUUUAUGCUACAAUUUAUACAGCAGGUCACAUGGUUCCUACUGAUAAUCCUUUGGGAGCUUAUGCAAUGUUAGAAAAAUAUUUAAAAAUAUGA